AGAAAAGCAAAAGACCAGGUGCGAAAACCACUAGUCCAGCUUGGAGCGACUAAGCUGGGCCUUCUCAACCUAACAACAACUCAAAACAGUCACUGCCCGUGGGGGUUCCAGGGAGGGCAUGACCAGGGAGGUUCCUCGUACUGACCACUAGAUUUCCAACGCUAGUCCCCCCUCCCAAGAGCAGUUCAUAUUUGUAUCGGUCAAAGUGUGCUCGUCCCUGCCUCCGCCCGUUAGCCACUGGCGCUCUGUCGCCUGUGACCCCUUCAAUAAACUCACGCCAGUCAUACUCGAAAUAGCGCUCGUCCAUGGAUGUCCUCUUUCGUCGAGUGCUUUCGCCCAGAGAACUCCUUCGUCCUUCGUCGCAAUCUCUAUACACCCAGUCUGCGAUCCCCCUGCGCCUCAUUCGCAGGUACGAUCGAUCGCCAUAGAGGUCCCACACUCGAUCAUCAGGUGCCCAAUGUGUCGUGACCCCGGAUGACCACUUGCUCGCAAUGAGCCAUAUUUCUGCACAAAAGAACGGUGGCAAUAACGUUCCCCCUCCACGACAAAUACGCUUCGUCUCGACAGACGGCCAACCUCAGACAAAGCGGCGGCGAAUCAACGCAGCGUGCUUGACAUGUCGCAAGCGCAAGAUACGGUGUUCGGGGGAACAACCAGUAUGCAAAACCUGUUCAGACUACAAUCAUGUAUGCCAAGGGUAUAGCGAGCCAGCAACACAUGCCCGAUCACAGUCUGAUUCGGGUACCCGAACUGCGACAAUCGCAUCUUUAUCUAAUUCUAACGACUUCACUACGCCCGUUGCUUUGAAAGUGGAACUUCGGUCCCCGGAACCCCCACGUCGAGUCACAGUGUCUUCUGUUGAACGCAAUAACAAGCCUCUGACAGAACCUGAAAUGGUGGAUACGAGAGACGCUUCAUCCGCCAGGGACGUGUCUUCCCGGAACACGAAAGAGUCCGAACAACAGACGCCAGCAGAAAGUCCGGAGAGCAAUCGUACCUCUUUAAGUUCUAGCGCCCGCACCCAUGUUCCUUAUUUUAGGUAUUUUGGACCAACCGCUAUAGUUCCGGGCUUCAAGCAGAUGGUCGUUCAGAUUCGAGGUUCCCGCAAGAGCAAUCCAUCAUUGUCAUCAGAGUCAUUAUCACCAUUACGUAGUCCCAAGCUUCCAAAUCCCGCCAUCAACACCGUAGGCACUUUGCCUGAUACUCGCGAUAGCCGUGACUACAAUACUAUUCUGUUCUAUGAUCGCGAUGACACUCUUCCUGUCAGCAACCUCGUGGUGCACCUUUGUGACCUGUUUUUCGUGCAUUUAGGGUGCAGCUUUCCCUUCCUGCAACAAGACAGGUUUCUGAGAGAUUUGAAAGACAAGAAGGUCGACACAAUGCUGGUCGAUGCUAUCUGUGCAUUGUCAGCUCGCUUUUCUCCCCACCCGCUCUUGAGUCCACCCCAGGCUCCCUCAAUAGACGGAUCAGAACCAGAAAUGGAUUUGAAAAAGUCCAACCGCGGUCAGCCAUUCGCUCAUAGGGCGAUGAGUGCUCUAGUCGAUUCCCUUUCAUGUCCCACCAUUUCUGUGGUACAAGCAUGCCUCUUACUGGCAUACGAGGAAUUUGGGUCGAAUCAUGAUAGUGGUCUCUGGAUGUACUUGGGCAUCUCAAUAAGGAUGGCGCAAGAUCUUGGGAUGCAGAAAGUUCGAGGCCUGGAAUACAACUAUGGUCAGAGUGGGGUGACCCCCAGCGCCGUGCUUACUGGGCAAGCUGGCAAAUUGAGAGAUGAUCAGUACGACGAACCUCCACUUUCGCCAACCCUAAGGGGUCAGUCGCGCGAAACAGAGGCUCGACGUGCUUCAGAACGUGCCAGAGUGGAUUCUUUUUGGAGUAUUUUCUUUCUAGACCGAGUGAUUUCAUCCGGUACAGGAAGACCUGUUACCUUACGCGAUGAAGAUAUCGAGCUCUGCUUUCCUCUUCAAUCGGAAUCUAGGCUGCCGAACGGGUGGCCCGCGCCGUUCCCUCCACUUAUUCGCAUCAUUCACCUGUACGGCAGAGUGACAGAUCUCAUCAAUGGGAUUCAGGAUGCCAACCAUGUAACCUCGGAAACAUUGAAGAUACUUGCUGGUAUGGAAAGCGAUUUGACAGGAAUAUAUCAACGUUUGUCUCCUCGCCUCCACUUCAACGCCGCAAACUUUCAAGCAUAUGUCAAGGCGAAAGAAGGAACCAAUUUCAUUCUAUUACAUUUUUGGUUUCAUACUCUGAUAGUUCUGCUGCAUCAGCCUACGCUUCUCCAUUCGUUUGGGGGAACCAUCCAGCAUCUGUACCCAAACAGCCGGGAGUUGUCGAUGUCCUCAGCCAAAACCAUCGCUGAUAUUCUGUCAUUCUCCGAACUUGUUGACGGAAAGAGUUUUAUCGGCAAUCCUUUCACAAGUCAACCGAUGUACAUCGCUGCAUGUGCUUUUCUGAUGGAAAGUGCUUAUUACUCCUCGCCAUCAUCGAGGUCUGGUUCGCCUCCUAUCCAACCCUUACUGAAUAAUCAGUCUAGCGGGUUUGUGAUGCCCAGCAUGGACCCAACUAGCGGAUCUGAAAGGAGACCCACCGCUAAACACAUUCUUCUCGCGUCUGCUGCAAAGGAGAAUUACCAGAGAUGCUACAAAGCAUUGAAAGCGCUUGAGGCAUAUUGGGAAGGCACGAGAUAUAUUCUAACGGUCUUAGACCAGAAAGCUAAAGGAAUCGUGGAUCCGCUCUUAUAUACCACGGAGGAGAUGGAAAGUACUGCAGAGCUAUCUUCUGUCCAGCCACUCGCCACACCACAGUGGCGACGAACGCAGUCUUCCAUUGAUGCGGUGGAUGCUGGCCCAUCGACCUCGGGUGCAGAUGCACCAGCAGAUGGGAGGCGGUCGCCAAGAAUAGAUCCGAGUCAAGCCAUUGGAUGGGCUCUCACUGGUGCGACGAACUCCUCGCAGCCGAACAUAAGCCUUCUAUAUCAGAUGCCUGCACAAACAGAGUCUAUCCCGGAGAGACCAACACAUCCAUCUAAAUUUAGCCAUAGUUACCCUCACAUACCUGUUCAAACGAGUGGUAGUGGGAUCUCGAGCUCAUACUCACAGGCCAUAGAGCCAUCUCGGAGCACAGAGCCUACUCCAGGGCCAAAAUUGGCCCCUGCAUCCGCACAAUACUCACCGCCGAGAUCGUCUGCUCGGGUUACCACUUCCGAUGCCAACCUACUGCUCGGGUUGAAUACAUCUUUUCCUGGUUCCACCUCCCGCCUGCCUAAUUCUCGCUCAACCUUCAGUCACCAAAUGCCUUCCUCUCCAUGCGGACUUGAGGGCCACGCACAAACUUAUCAUUACAACAUGCCUGCUACUGUGAACGACUCUAAUACAGGAAGCGGGCAUUUGAUAGCACAAACCACUGGUUUGCAUCCUGAUGCUGGGUCUCAUACUGGGAACGUAUUCAUUGAGAGCCAGGAAGUUGACAUGACAAUGCUUCAACAACAUGAAUCACUUCCUUUUGCAUUCGGCGGUGAGAUAAUUCCAUGGCUGGAAUAUCUUCCACAGGACGUCCUCAACUACUUUGGUGAUAAUCAAAACUACUCCGGUAUGCUGAGUCCAGAUGAUGAGCCCCCUCGACCACAUUAAGCUCGUUUCUCCACUAUGCGUUCCCUUCAAUGUUCAUGCACCGUUGCAUAUAUUCUCGCUGUGUAUGACCUAGAUAAGCUAGCCCGGUGACAACUUUAAUACUGCCCGGACUCACUGUAUAUUGAGCAUCAAAGCACUGUCAUACACCUUGCCUGCAUCUAUGCAAGCCAAUAAACAUCAGGGAAACUUAUCUUGGCGGUAUAUGUAGCAUAGGGUCAAUAGAAAUCUUGAUCAAGGCUCGAAAUCUUGAGUCCUUUAUGUCUGCUUCUCAUAAUAUUGUUCCGGA